AAAAAUUGAUUCUAAUAAUAAUACUUUGGCAUAGAGGCACAAGUGAAAACAUAAAACGCAAAACACGAAACACCAAAAACGCGAGACCCGCAUAGCUUUGACAUAGAGAUAGAGGCACAAGUUAACAACGAUUUGGGGGAAAUUCUCAAUUUUCAAUUUGGUUUUUGAUUUUUAGGGUUAGGGUUUUCGAUUUUUUUUUUUCCGAUUUCGAUUCGAAUUUUCGAUCGAGAAAUUAUGGGUGCCGAGGGCGAUUCGAGCGAGGCGAGAGUGAGUGUUGGUGUUGGUGGUGAAGAAGAGCAAAGAGAAGAGGUUGUAAUCAAUAUCAGGUGCUCGAAUGGUACGAAAUUCACGGUGAGGACGAGCCUCGAUUCUUCGAUUAGUGCAUUCAAGGCUGCUUUGGCUCAGAAUUGCGAUGUACCAGCUGAUCAGCAGAGGUUGAUUUACAAAGGUCGCAUCUUGAAGGAUGACCAAACCCUAGAAAGCUAUGGUUUGCAGGCAGAACACACUGUUCACAUGGUUCGUGGUUUUGCUUCAGCUGCGUCAACACCUGCUGGUACUGCCACUGCUACUGCUGCUGCCACUGGUAAUUCAGAAAGUCUGAACAAUACGCCGGGUGUUACACGGGGUGUUGGUUCAAACGAAGGCGGGGGCUUGGGAAAUGCUGGUCUUGGUGCAUCUUUAUUUGGUCUCAAUGCUCUAGGAAGUGGAGGAGCACCUGGCUUAUUUGGAGCUGGGCUGCCAGAAUUUGAACAAGUGCAGCAACAACUGACUCAGAACCCAAAUAUGAUGAGGGAAAUUAUGAGCAUGCCUGCCAUUCAGAGCCUAAUGAACAACCCUGAAUUAAUGCGCAGCUUGAUUAUGAGCAAUCCUCAGAUGCGUGAUAUCAUUGACCGGAAUCCAGAGCUGGCUCAUGUGCUUAAUGACCCUGGUAUUCUCCGACAGACUAUAGAAGCUGCAAGGAAUCCCGAGCUCAUGCGUGAGAUGAUGCGAAACACAGACAGGGCAAUGAGCAACAUUGAAGCUUCCCCUGAGGGAUUUAACAUGCUUAGACGCAUGUAUGAAAAUGUUCAGGAACCAUUUCUGAAUGCUACAACAAUGGGUGGAAACGCUGGAAAUGAUUUGGGUUCAAACCCAUUUGCAGCACUGUUGGGGAACCAAGGUGGGACACAAGUGAGGGACGGGUCAAAUAAUCCUUCAACUACUGGUUCUGAAACCACUACAGGACUUACUUCUCCAAAUACAAACCCACUUCCAAACCCUUGGAACAAUACUGGUGGAGGUACUCAGACAACAACUACAAGGCCAAAUCCUGCUGGGGAUGCAAGGGCACCUGGUAUUGCUGGUCUUGGAGGGCUUGGUCUCCCUGAGAUGGAACAGAUGUUUAAUGGUAUCCCAGAUUCUACCCUACUCAAUCAAUUUAUGCAAAAUCCAGCUGUAUCACAGAUGAUGCAAAGCUUGCUCUCCAAUCCCCAAUAUAUGAAUCAGAUUCUCAGUCUCAACCCUCAACUGCGUGGCAUGGUUGAUACAAAUCCUCAAUUAAGAGAAAUGAUGCAAAAUCCAGAUCUUCUACGUCAGUUAACUAACCCUGAGACAAUGCAGCAAAUGCUAACUUUACAGCAGUCACUUCUGUCUCAGCUCAAUCAACGGCAAUCAACCCAGGAUCAAGCUCAGACUGGUGGGAAUACAGGAGCACCUAAUGCUGCUGCAUUGGAGUUGAUGAUGAACAUGUUUGGUGGUCUUGGAGCUGGCAGCUUGAGUGUUCCAAAUAACCCCGAUGUACCUCCGGAAGAACUGUAUGCAACUCAGCUUUCACAGCUUCAAGAAAUGGGUUUCUUUGAUACUCAAGAGAAUAUCAGGGCACUGCGUGCUACGUCUGGGAAUGUCCAUGCUGCAGUAGAGCGACUUCUGGGGAAUCCUGGACAAUAACUUCCUUAGGGUUUACAUUUUUAUAUUUACUCGGGGAAUUCUCAUUUGGACAUGUAAGAAUAGUUAAAUUUGUACCAGUGUCUUUUAAAGGCAUACAAUGUGCACAGACGAACAUUUCAUUUUGGGCGUGUUAAUAAGCAAGGACACGCUGUGAUAGAGCUUUCAGCUUGUGGGUAUAAUCACGAGCAUUACCCGAUUA